AGUUCUGCCAGUCAGAGGCUGAAACCGGCAGAAAAAGAAGAGAGAAAAAACCCACUUUGACCUGCGCAGGACACCGUGGAGGCAGAGAGGUUCGGCGGGGCAGAUGGAGAUCCACAUGAUUGACACGGGGAUCUCGAAAUGACGUCAGCCGGAGGCGCUGCCUUCCAGGAGCGCGUCGGCAGAGAGGGAGGGCGGCGCGGCGCGGCGCAGCGCGGCGGAGAGCGGAGCGCGCCUCCAGACCCGACAGAGGGACUCCACCGGUGGCUCACACAGGGGUUACUCGAUGCGCCACUCAUGCGUAACGCACACUGGCAACCUCUCCAGAGCGCUUUCCAAACAGAAUGAAAACAGCAUAAAACCGAACGGAAGCCGAGCUCUGCAGCUGAAAAUCUGAUUUUUAGUGUCUGACAUCGAGGGAGGACAGAAACAGAGGAGGCUGGAGGACGCAUGUCUCUGAUUAGGACCAGACAGGCAUCUCCUAUUAUAGAAAGUUAUUUUUCAUUUUUCAAAAUAACAAACAAAAGCGAAAAUCAGGGGAAUAUGAAGACUAAAUGGCUGUAAAGUAAAUAACAAUCGAAGUACUGUGUUUGGAGAGCUUUAGCACCAAGAGCCCUCAGCAUUUCCAUUUUAAGAGAAGUCUUCUGGAGUGAAGUCUGCAUAUUUUUUAAGUCAAGAGGAGGUAAGAGCACAAGUUGUUGGGUUCUGAGAUGAAAAGAUGUGAAAUUGCUGCCAGUAAACUAAGCUGAGGAUCACUUGUGAUGAAAUAAGCGCUGAUCCUCCAUCAGCCUGACCUUUUCUUCUGCUCUACAACUCAUGCUUUUUUCGUUGACUGAUGAGGGAAGAUGUUAGAAAGUGAGCUUCAAUUCAACUCUACUUUUUAAAAAUAUUUUUUUCCUUUUGAAAAUGCUACCAGUGAAAAAACCUUGAUCUGAACUCGUACAUCUGUGGAAACAUGAUGGAAAACGUGACCCAUCCAGGAGGUGAGCUGCCGGUUUGCAACGACUCGGUGGACUCGUUGGGGAACAGCUCCGACCUGAACUGCAUCGUUCCGUACUUCGACGCCGACCUCUACAUCAUCCUGCCAAUCAUCUACUCUGUGAUCUGCGCGGUGGGACUGACGGGCAACAUGGCUGUAAUAUACGUCAUCCUAAAAGCCCCGAAGAUGAAAACGGUCACCAACAUGUUCAUCCUGAACUUGGCCAUUGCAGAUGACUUGUUCACCCUGGUGUUGCCGAUCAGCAUAGCUGACCAUCUGCUGAACUACUGGCCGUUUGGCGAAGUUUUGUGCAAAGUCAUCCUCAGCAUUGACCACUACAACAUAUUCUCCAGCAUCUACUUUCUGACGGUUAUGAGCAUUGAUCGCUAUCUGGUUGUCUGGGCAACGGUCAGUUCCAAGCGCAUGCCGUACCGCACCUACAGAGCGGCCAAAAUCAUCUCGUUUUGCGUCUGGCUCCUCGUCAUCUUCAUCGUCAUGCCCUUCACCGUUUUCGCCGGCGUCUACGUGAAUCCACACGACGGCAGGAAGAGCUGCGUGCUGCUCCUGCCGAUGCCGGAGGCUCUGUGGGUCAAAAUGAGUCGGAUCUACACGCUCAUCCUGGGCUUCGCCAUUCCAGUCUCAACCAUCUGCAUUUUGUACACCAUGAUGCUCUACAAGUUGCGGAACAUGAGGCUGAACAGCAACGCCAAGGCUCUGGACAAGGCCAAGAAGAAGGUCACCAUCAUGGUCUUCAUCGUGGUGGCCGUGUGCUUGUUCUGCUGGACGCCGUACCACCUGAGCACCAUUGUGGUUCUGACGACGGACCUGAGCAGCACGCCCCUGGUGAUCGGGAUCUCCUACUUCAUAACCAGCCUGAGCUACGCCAACUCCUGUCUCAACCCGUUCCUGUACGCCUUCCUGGACGACAGCUUCACAAAAGCUUUUAAAAAGAUGAUGGAAUGCAGACCGGCCUGAAGGUGGGAGACAUUGGAUCUGAACUCUGCGCUGUCUUUUAGGAGGCAAAGAGUGGAGGUGUAAUGAUAAAAAUGGACUUUUGGUUUUUGCUGCUAGUUAAAACUGCGGCAAAUUUGUUGAAACUGUCAGUUUGUCGUGACAGUAUGUUAUAAGACAGAUAACCUGAAAAAAUCUGUCUUCUUUCCUGACUCCCAGUGCAAGCUAGAAACCACCGAGCAGGUUGAGUCUUAGUGUUGUCAAUCAUGCCCAUGUGUGCACCACCCACUUACCUCCCCCUUGCUCUCUGCGUCACCCUGUCAGUGCAGCUUGUCAUGAAUGCUAAGGCUAAUUAGCAUGGCUGCUGAUGACGGCGGAUAAACGGUUUUCCGGUUAUGGUGAGUUGUUUCGGUGCCAUUAGCAAAUUUAGUAGCACGUACAAGAGGUUGAUUGACAACACUAAGAGCCUCCUCCUGGCUCUGAUUGGUUGUUUUUGGUGCAUUUCUUUAGACAGCAGCAGCAGCUCAGGGAGGAGGAGAAGAUAUUGAUCUUUUCACAGAUUAUCUGUUUGGUAUUCUGCUGUUCAGACAUGGCCACAGUUUUAACAAAUAAGUAAAAAAAAACAUUUUGUUAAAUAAAAGUUACAACGUGCAGCUAUAAAGCUAUUCUCUGUGGAGCUAACAAUCUGUUUUGUUAGCUCCACAUUGUAUCUCUGCACAAAGUUUCAUUUGGUUAAAUAAAGGAAAAACAAAACAAAACAAGUCUUUCUGGAAUAACUAAUAAAAUUUCAUUAGAUAAACAAACAUCUGUUGUUCUUCAUGAAAAGCUGUUUGGCUUCUCCACUUCUAUUAUUCUAGAGGUAAAAGUGGACACUUGAAUUACUUGAUCUUAUAUGCAAAGGAACUGAAUUUUGCUUUUCCCAAACAGACCUGUGUUAGUGCAGAUGCUAACAUUCAGGUUUUGUCUUUCAACAAAUGGGAUAAAAACAGGAAAAAUUAGGAAAAAAUAACUAUAAUAGCAUUUCUAAAAGAUCAAUGGAUUUUUCCAGCGUGUGUGUGUGUGUGUGUGUGUGUGUGUGUGUUUAUCCCUCAUGUGAAUUGUUUUUUGUAACUCAGAAAUGCACCUUACCGACCCUGGCAGCCGUACUGUAAGCCUAACAUACAACAGGCAUGGGACAGGAGGGCUAUUUCAACUUUUGUCUGUUUCUCUGCACAGAUUGUUGUGUUGGUCAGCUUUUGCUGCCCCCUGUUGCUGACAGGUGGUAUAACCUAAAAAUGAGAAGCCUUUUGCCAAGUCAGUAGGUGCCAUGUGUCUUUCUAGUAUCACUUCAUUGCUAAUAUCAUUAGUAACACCAGUAAUACUAUUAGUUAUUACUCUAACACAUCAUUUAUUUGGAGCUAGAGCUAUCUAUAGUUUGUUGUACAUAAGUAAAUACCAGAAUUAGAGUUUUAAGAGAUAAGUAUAAGGUAAUUUAGUAUCAGUUAAAUCAUGGAGUGCCUGUAAAAUCCCAGAAUUGUGCAACAGAGUAUGGAGAACAGGGCUCUGAAUGCAUCAACAGACUAAUAAAUACUGUAAAUAGACGAGCCUUUUUUGUAUUUAUCUGUACAGAAGAAUGUAUAGUCAUAGUAUUAUAUAAUUAUAAAAAUCCUAAUGAAAUAUUCUGCUUAAAGUGGCGUCACAUGAAUGAGAACUUAUCUGAGUUUGCAGUCAUGAAUUAUUAUUUAAUGCACACUAUAAGAAGAAUCACAGUGCAUUAUUUGAAAUGUUUCUGUUGGAGCUGUCUUUAGUUCCUAAACACUUAAGAAAUAUAACUUUAUUUUCCCAGGUGCAAUCAUGUAUUUUUGGAUUUUGAAUCAUGUAUUUUUUGGAAUCAUCAGAACUGCGCAGAAAGAUUUGAUUUUUAUAGUUCCAGUGUACAAUAAAACAACAUGC